AUGAAUGAACCCCGCACUAACCUCAACAUCGCCCCACAACAUCCACGGCCCACCAUGCUCAUAGUCGGUCUUGUGACAACGCAAUGUCGGCCCCCCACAACUCAUCGAAGGCCAGACGUUUCUCCGCCCCGCAUCCCGGGUGUUGCCCACCUGACGCCCCCACACUCCGAGGCGGCGCGUGGCGAGCAAUGCACCGACCGAAUCGUAUGA